UGGCGCACCUCCACGCGCACACAUUCACAGAGUGGAGCCUAAACUUCGGUCAGGACACAGGUCCGCUUUUAGACAACUUUCUACCUGAAACACGCUGUUUAGGGACUAGUGCUCAAAGGAAUACAGUCUCUUUUCAGUUCUUGCGCACAAUGGUGGAAUCAACUAGUUAUUUUUCUUCUAAGUGGAAUUACAAGCGCGCUUGAAACUUUGCCUCACGUUUCUCCUCAGUGAUUGUCAGACCCUUCUCGCUCCAAACAUGCCGGAGCGAAUAAGCAUUUCGGACUUCGUGGUCCUCACAAACGAGGAUAUGUCUUCGCCGGGGAAUUCAAGUUUCCAGUCCAAAAUGAGCGACUGUCGAAACACAGUUUCAACCGUGGAGGAGUCUUUGGAGAUGGACCACACAACUCUACAGAGGAUGAAGAAGAUGAUCAAGGCUAUACACACUUCUGGACUCUCGCAUGUGGAGAACAAGGAGCAGUAUGUUGAGGUGCUGGAGAAUCUGGGGAAUAGCCACCUGACCCAGGACAACAACGAAGUCUCCACAGGCUUCCUCAACCUGGCUGUGUUCACCAGAGAGGUCACAGCCCUCUUCAAAAAUCUGGUACAAAACCUCAACAACAUCAUGGCAUUUCCUUUGGAAAAUGUGCUGAAGUCAGAACUCCGGGACAGCAGACUAGAGCUCAAGAAACAGAUGGAGAAGAGUUGGAAGGAGUAUGACAUAAAAAUAGGGAAGCUGGAGAAGGAGAAGACGCGGCAGCUGGGUCUGAUCAGGACAGAGGGAUCAGACGGAGGGGAGGACAUGGAGAGGGAGAGAAGAGCCUUUCAGCUGCAAAUGUGUGAGUAUCUUUUGAAGAUCCAGGAGCUCAAGGUGCGUCAGGGCCCUGAUCUUCUCCAGAGCCUCAUCAAGUAUUUCCAGGCGCAGCUCAGUUUCUUUCAGGAUGGGCUAAAAGCUGCAGAGAACCUUACCCCCUUUAUCGAGAAGCUCGCUGCUUCUGUUCACACGGUGCGUCUGGAUCAGGACGAGGAGGUGAAACAACUCACUCAGUUGAGGGAUUCUCUAAGAUUACUUCUGCAAGUGGAGGGGAAAGAGGAGUACCUGAACAGGAAGAACUCUGGCAACGGGUAUAGCAUCCACCAACCACAGGGCAACAAGAAAUAUGGGACGGAGAAAUCUGGCUUCCUGCUGAAGAAGAGUGACGGUAUCAGGAAGGUUUGGCAGAAGAGAAAGUGUGGAGUGAAGUUUGGCUGCCUGACGAUUUCCCACAGCACGAUCAACCGCCCGCCAGCCAAGUUGAACCUGCUGACCUGUCAGGUGCGACCAAACCCAGAGGACAGGAGGACCUUUGACCUGGUCACUCAUAAUAGGACAUACCAUUUCCAGACAGAGGACGAGCAAGAAUGUAUGAUUUGGGUGUCAGUGUUGCAGAACAGUAAGGAGGAGGCCCUGAACACAGCGUUGGUAGGAGACCAGCUCCACGUCCAGGACAGCGGUCUCCAGGAACUAUCCAGAUCCAUCAUCGCCGAGCUGCGACACAUGCCUGGCAACGAGGCCUGCGCUGACUGUGGAGCACAUGAUCCAACAUGGCUGUCGACCAAUUUGGGCAUCCUGACCUGUAUCGAGUGCUCAGGCAUCCACAGAGAGCUGGGAGUCCAUUACUCUAGGAUCCAGUCUCUCACUCUGGACCUGCUGAGCACCUCUGAGCUUCUUUUGGCCGUCAGUAUUGGCAACACCAGAUUCAACGAUAUCAUGGAGGCGGGCCUUCCAAAUGACUCCGUCAAACCGUUGCCACAAAGUGACAUGAAUGCCAGAAAGGAGUACAUUGUGGCGAAGUACGCUGAGCGCCGGUAUGUCCUGUGCAGAGAAGAGUCCGACCCCGGCCGGCUGUACGACGCUGUGAGGAGCCGAGACCUCACCUCUCUUCUCCAGCUCUACGCUGAGGGAGGGGACCUCUCCAAACCCCUCACACUGUCUGACGGACAGGGGAUCAAAGAGACAGCUCUCCAUCUUGCUGUGCGUCUGGAGGAAAGGAGCUCUCUGGGGCUGGUGGACUUCCUCUGCCAGAACAGCAACUGUCUGGAGAAGAGAACAGCAGAAGGAAACACGGCUCUUCACUACAGCGUUCUGCAUCACAAGCCGGAGUCUCUCAAGUUACUGCUCAAAGCAAAGGCAGCGCUACAAACAGUGAACACUGCCGGAGAGACGGCCCUUGAUUUAGCACGGAGGCUGCAGCACGGGCAGUGUGUGGAGCUGUUGGAGCUGGCACAGAGUGGGAAAUUCAACUCUCAGAUCCACGUGGAGUUCAUGUGGGAGACGCAGUCCCAGGAGUUUUAUGACAGCGAGGAUGACCUGGAUGACAGGGUGAGCCCAUUACCCAAAAACCGCUCCCCUGCGCCCUCAACUGGAGGCAGUGGAUCUGCUUUUGCCCGCUGGAGUGUGAACGGUGCCAACGGUAACGCUGGGAUUAGGCCCUGUCAGACAUAUGAGAAUCUAGACUUCUUAUACAAAAGUCCUCCAGCCAACAGCGCCCCCUCUGCACGACCAGCGCCCCCACUGCCUGUUAAAUCCAUUCAGAGAGGUCGCUCUGACCCCCAGAUUUCGGUCACAACACAGGAAGGUAACCCCCUUCCACGACGGUGCUCUAACCCGCCCUCCAAAUCCUCCAGUCCUCAGGCACAGGCUAGACACAGUCCUCCUUCUCCGAAAACAGAGAACCAGGGCCAGGGGGCGAGGGCACCCAGGCCUCACAACGGACAGGCAGUGGUGCUCAGGGGGGGCCCACCUGGUGCUGGUGCUCAAGUCAGCAUCACACCUACAUCCUCGCAGGGUCGCAUAGGGCCUGUCAGUUCAGAGAAGACCACAUCGUACCGUCGGAUCAGCAGUGGAGCGGGCAGCCAGGGGAAGUGUAGUGUGAUGUCUCCCAGCUGUGUGGGCAGCACAGAGGAGCUGUACUGCAGCUUAGUGGGGAGUAACUCCAGCCUCACCCCAGCUCCUGCUCCACAGGCCUCACCCACCUUGACCUGUGUCCCCCGAUCCCGCAGUAACGCUAUGGUUUCUGGCAGCAGGCCACCUCAGAAGCGUGUCAAGGCUCUCGUGGACUGCAGGGCCGUCAGCUCGGAGCAACUCGCCUUUUUCAAAGAUGAGAUCAUUGUGGUCACAGCCACUAAUGACCCCCACUGGUGGGUUGGCCACAUAGAGGGGGACCCAUCCAGGGCAGGGACCUUUCCUGUCAACUAUGUACACAAACUAACAGACUGAAGGGACGUGGAAGUGUGAGAGAACUGUAUGGAAACAUGACGGAGGAACUGAACCAGCAUGGGAUGCUUACUGGGAACUUAACAUCAUCACACAGUGGAUGGAAUCUACAGGAGAGGACGCUUUUAUUUUCCUGGAUUUAACUCAAACUAGAGGUUUUGACUAAACUGAGAAUAUUUCCACAUGCAGAUACACUAGCCAAGAGAUACCCGAGGAUAUAAAUGGCUCUGUUUUAGGGAUUUCUUUUUAACAUUUACUCAUUCUGGAAACCAAUAAGGGAACUAAGGGCUUCAGAGCCCUAUGACACUUAUUCCAAGGUCAAUAUUAUCCCACUUUUGGUCUGUCCUUGCCUUUUUAAAUUGCAGAAAAACCAUUAACAGGUACAAAUUCAUAUUUGGCUUGGGUAGAAACUGCCUUUAAAUGUCCGUUUUAAAUCGUUUUCAAACAAUGUAAUGCAGAUGUUUAAGCUGUCUAUACUGAUCUAGGAUUUGUUACUAGAAGAAAAACGUACCUGCCGGGAGAAACCCCCUUUAAGGCACUUUAAACUCAGAGAGGAGAUAUCUUCUGAAGAGUUGGCAGGGCUGUAAGUGUGUACCCUGCCAGCUGCUGUAAAUAAAGAUGUAGCUGCUUUUUGUUCUAAACGGAAACUUUUAAGUCUUUUAACUCGCAGUAUAGUGAGACUUUGAUUGGAGGUUGAAACCUGCCCAGUGUCUGUUGCAGCCUGCCCUGGGACUCUAAGGGACUCUGUGCCUUUCAGUCUGCGGCCAAACGGCAGGCGUCUGGGCAGAGAUCUGAAACUCUAGCCCAGCCAUCUUGACUCUGGGCACAGCUCAGAGUGAGAGAUCCAGUUUCUCCUGGCUCCAGGCAUCUGUCUCUGGAGAACCUGGAAUAACGACAGUGUGUUGUAAAAAAGAAAAGACUCUGUGUUCCACCAGGAAAUGACUUUUAAAGAGAGCUUGUUAGUAACAGCACCCCGCUGCAGUAAUUUGUUCGGUGAACACGUGUGCAUCAGAGGAUACACACUCGCACACUUUCACUUACUGUACACACACAGGAGCUCUGGGGGAGAACGGAGAGUUUUAACUGCUUCACUUUUUAUAGUAGUAACACAUACACACAUGUAACACAUUUCACUAACACAAAUUGUUGUACAUACUUGUAUGAACAUGUAAUGAUGUACAGUAUAUAUAUAACCUGUUUUCUUAUAUGUUGUCCUCUAUAAAAGGAUUGUUACACAUAA